CCAACACCCGGAGUGAGCGGCGGCGAGGGAUCGGAUCGUCGGCGGCGAUGGAGGACGAGGUGCAGAGGGCAGCGGUGAGCAGUUGGAACGAGCUUGACUAUGAGGCGGAAGCGCGUUUGGUGGCGGAGGCGAGGGCGUCGUGGGAUAGGAAGGCAAGGGGGGAGGAGGAGGAUGAAGAAGAACAUGAUCCUGAGAUGACCUUGGACUACUACGCCUACCAGGCUAAAAAGUUUCGCAACACCUGGAACAUCCUCUAUUUCGGCCACUUCGGUCGCUUCGAGGACACCACAAGGAUCCCUCCUAUGCGCUUUACAGAGAAGCCGCCUGACUCCCCGGCGUACCCGCGCACUACACUGCAGGUCUUUUCGAUCAAAGUUGCAGGGAUAGAGGGGGGUUUACAGUGGCCACUCCAUGUGUUUGGGAAGGUUGCCCUACGCGACGCAGUUGAUCACAAUCGCAAUAUGGUCUUCGAUCGCACUAGAGACAACUGCCAAAUCCUUACAAAAGAGGUUCCAAAUUUGAAACUGACAGGUCCUAGCCGUGCUGUUCUGCUGGUGGAUCCUGUGACUAUUGAGGCUGACCUGAAAGUUAAAGGCCGUACUGAAUCUGAGGAUAAACACUUGAGCUUUCUAGCAGUGCCAUUCUUGGUCAUGAUCCCGCUCGAGUCAUGCCUGCGUACAAGAGAUUUCACCAGCAAGCUUAGCACGCUGAGGUUUGCUCUCGCAAUUGUUGUUCUCUCAGUGGAGGCUACAAUUAGUGUGCGAGUUCGUGGUGGGUCAUGGCCUGAUGGUCUCCGUGCCCAGUUUGCUGCCCACACGGUGAGUAUAGGUCGUGAGGAAGUUGUCUUGCUUGAUUCUGGGGACGAUAAACUGCCUGUUUCUGAUGAUGGCACUAUCAAACUUGGUCGUCGAGUUGCAUCUGUUGAAGUGAGUGGGGAGCUGAACGUUUCUGUCAAGGCAUGGCAAGGUGGUGAAGUCUUUACGCACAGAGAGAGGGGUUUCAAACCUAAAGAGGCAGGUUGGAGUUAUGGCACUCUUGACGUUGGCUUCUGCCAAAUGGAUGUAUCUGUGGCCUGGUCGCUUCUUUCGUCGUACGGUGAAAAUGAAGCUUUGUAAGAGUCGGUGUUAGCCGUGGUCGUUGCUUCGAUUCUCUAGCAUGUAAUGAUAAGUUCACAUUGGGAUAUGCUUGCUGUUUUGCUGUAAUGAUAAGUUCACAUUGGGA